UGAACGCAGCGCCCCACUCUUCCGUGGACCCUCCCACUAAGCAGAAGAGUGACACGCCAUUUAAUCGCCCCCUGGUCCUAGCCGUGCUUCUCGCAAACAGGAGGGAACCUCAAGCGCUCACAUAUAGAAGGAUAAAUUCACCGAAAAGAAACCACUUACAGUUGCCCUGAACGUAGCACCGAAUCGUGCCGACAUGGGGAUCCGAAAGAAGAGCAACAAGAGCCCGCCGAUGAUGAGCCAUGAGUUUGUGAUCCAGAACCAUGCAGAUAUAGUUUCCUGCGUUGCUAUGGUGUUCCUUCUCGGCUUGAUGUUUGAGGUCACAUCGAAGUUUGCGGUGUUGUUCAUCACCGUCCAGUACAAUGUCACCCUCUCUACAAACGGGCCAGAAGAGACAGCUGUGAACCACUUCCACCACGGUUUCAAAGAUUUGGCCACCAUCUUUUUCUACAUGCUGGUGGCCAUCAUCAUGCACGCCAUCAUCCAGGAGUACGUGCUGGAUAAAAUUAACAGAAAGAAGCACUUCUCCAAAACCAAACACAGCAAGUUCAACGAGUCGGGUCAGCUCAGCGCUUUCUACUUGUUCUCCUUCGGUUGGGGCACGAGCAUCCUCCUCUCUGAGAACUUCCUGUCCAACCCAGUGUCCCUGUGGGAAGGUUACCCCCACACGCUGAUGCCGUUCCAGAUGAAGUUCUACUACAUUUGUCAGAUUGGCUACUGGCUUCACGCCCUCCCCGAGCUCUACUUCCAGAAGACAAAAAAGGAGGACAUUCCACGCCAGCUUGUGUACAUCUUCCUCUACCUGGUCCACAUCGCAGGCGCCUACAUCCUCAAUCUGAACCGCCUGGGCCUGGUCCUGCUGGUGCUGCACUACUUUGUGGAGCUCCUCUUCCACGUUUCCCGCCUCGUCUAUUUCAGUAAUGAGAACAGACAAAUGGGUUUCACCGUGUGGGCAGUGCUGUUUGUGCUGGGACGGCUGCUCACCCUGUCUCUGUCCGUCCUCACUGUGGGUUUUGGCCUCGCCAACGCCGAGAAUCAAGGCUUUGAUUUGGCCGCCGGAAACUUUAACAUUCUUUUUGUGAGGAUAACUGUCCUGGCCGCCGUGUGCCUGACUCAGGCCUUCAUGAUGUGGAAAUUUAUCAAUUUCCAGCUGCGCCGGUGGAGGGAGACCGCUCAAGCUCAGACCUUGAAAAAGAAACAAGUACCCUCCAAGAGCAAAUCAAAGAAAGAUAAAGCCAAUGGUGUAAACGGAGUCAACGCCCAUGCAGCUGAUUCACCAAGAUCAAGAAAGGAGAAGUCGUCUUAAGAGAAUCUCCCACCCUGCCUCCCUCUCGCCCGCCCCCAACCCUGUGCCUCCUUGGUGGUAUCCGACAUGAGAUGAGACGUUUCUCGGCCGCCAUCGAUUUAUGCAUUUUCAGCUUUCACUCAGCGGACAUCACAGCUACUAGGAAGGCGAGGAGGGCGUCACCACUUCGGUUUAAGAUUCGGUGCUCUGCUGUGCCAUUUUGAAAAGAAAACAGAAAUUCUGGAAUAAACUAUACUGUAUUAAAAAAAAAAAAAAAACUUAUUUAAGAAGUGCCUAUUGCCACAGAUGGUUUUGUACAGGGUGUGUAAUUUUAAAAUUUUAAAAAUGUGUCUUUUGAUGCGCCCCCAUGUCUGCUCCAUCUAGUACUUUAUAGUUUAUUUUUUCCCUUCUGUGUAUUUAUAACUGCCAGUGUACAGCUUAAACACCGUUGGGUUAGCUAACGUCCAGUGUAAUCUAACCACCUGUAGCUUUGUCUCUCCGUUGUAGCAAAGCAAAGACCACUUCACUGAAACCACAGAUCGUGCAAGUAUUUUUUUUUUUUAAAUCAUGGGUCACGCAGUGGCGUUGAUAAGCAGCAGUCUACAUCAUCGUAUGGCUGUUAAGUGGGCUCCCCAUUGGAAGAGUUUAUAAAGGUUCUGUAAUUACAGGGAGCAACACGUUCUGUGUCAUGAGCACAUGCUGCAGUUCUAUUAUUGCAUUAAAAACAAAAAAAGAGGGAUUUGAUGUAAAAGCAUGGAUGGAUUUCCUUUUGAUUGUGCCAAAUAAACCAGAUUGACUGUU